ACUCAGAAAGUCUUAACAGAACGAAACUAACUAAUCCAUUUCAUCAAAGUUACAACUCGUCCAGUUAUUAUUUAUUCAAUAAUAUAUAUAUAUAUAAUAUUGUUCUAUAUUGUGUGUAAAUUUCAAUGAAAAACAUUGCAUCACGCCAAAGUUUAGUCUACAAAAUUAAGUUUUGGACUGUUCUUGUGGUAGCUCCGUUUUGCGUCAUCCCCUUCUGAUGGCUGAACUUUCUAAACUCUGAAAAUGGAUUUGAACAUCAAGGGUUGGUAAGGGAUCUGCACAGAGGGAUGACUAUUUGAAGCUUUUAACAGAUUAUUUAUUUAAGUUUCAGCGCUUGUCAUAUUGUUCUCAUCUAUUUUUUCCUGCAAAGAAUUUAGUAAAAGAAAGAGGGGAAAAGAGCAAUGAAUAUAAGAGAAAUGGUUGAAGCAGAUGAAAUGUUUUCAAUGGAAACACCUUCAUGUAGUUCAGAGAUUGGUAUUGCAAUCAAUGGAAACAAAAAUAGCAAAUACAUGGUUCAAUGGGCACUGGACAGAUUUGUCCCAGAGGAUUAUAUUAGAAUCAAAUUGAUACAUGUUCAUCCAAGGAUUGUGUCUGUUCCCACUGCAAUGGGAAAUUUCCUUCCUAUUUCGGACGUGCGAGAAGACAUUGCAGAGGCUUAUAGAACGGAAAUGCACUGGAAGGCAAUUGAACUCCUCCUUCCUUACAAGAAAAUGUGUCUUCAGCGAAAGGUAGAGGUAGAGAUUGUUGUAAUUGAAUCAAACGAUGUGCCAAAUGCCAUAGCAGCCAAGGUUGCUGAAUUAGCCAUUACCAAGCUCAUCAUUGGAGCACCUUCUCGCAGCAUGUUUACAAGGAAACUCAAGGGUCUAUCCUCCAAGAUAUCGGAAUGUGCUCCAAGUUUUUGCACAGUCUAUGCUGUUUUGAAAGGCAAGUUGUCAUCCGUACGUCCAUCAAAAUUGGAGAGAGUUCAAAGUGUCAACAGCAUGAACAAUGACAAUAGUGAUUCAUUUUCUGUCAUAUCUAAUUCAAGCUAUGCUUCCAGUUCCCAAACAGACGUUGGUUCAGUUUCUUCAUCCUGUAGUUACCAAUCUUCUUCCCUUACGAUGCAACGAUUUCAAGCUCUUAAAACUAUGAAUCAGACUCUUCUCAAAACAAGAAAACUUUCAUGUGACAGCUACUACUUUAGAAAUAAGUUGACUGAUCUUGAGGAAGGAAAGGAUAAUGCAGAUUCUUGUUCUAGUAUUUCUGAUGCUGAACAUACAGUGAGUCACAUCUCUAGUAGUGGGAGCUUUGCUAAUGAUAGCCACUCCUUUACUUCUGAUCAAGCUUCCACCUCUGAUGUUUACACAGAAAGUUCUAUGUCUGAGAGCCCAGUAAAUAUCAACUUUGAGCUAGAAAAGUUGAGAAUUGAACUGAGACAUGCCAAAGGAAUGUAUGCAAUGGCUCAAAGCGAGACAAAUGAUGCCUCUCGAAAGCUGAAAGAUCUAAAUAAAAACCUGUUGGAUAAUUCCAAAAGACUUGAAGAAAUUAUCGUCGAGGAGGACAAAACAAAAGCAUUAGCAAAAGAAGAGAAAGAAAAACAUGAGGCCGCCAAAAGACAGGCUAAGUAUGUGAGGCAAUGUGUUGAAAGAGAAACAUCUCUGAAGAAGGAUGCAGAGAUGAAAGCUAUGCAUGAUGCUAAAGAGAUCGAGAAGCUUGAGAUCGCUCUCACGGGUCCUUUACAACAAUACCAGCUGUUCACAUGGGAAGAGAUUAAGUCAGCCACUUGUAAUUUUUCUGAGGCUCUUAAGAUUGGUCUUGGAGGGUAUGGAAUUGUCUACAAAUGCAAACUUCAUGAAACAACUGUUGCAGUGAAAGUUCUUGGUUCUAAUGAGAGCUAUAAGGAUACGCAGUUCCUUCGUGAGCUUGACAUCUUGGGCAAAAUUCAUCAUCCCCAUUUGCUUAUCCUCAUUGGAGCGUGUAUAGAUCGCGGCUGCCUUGUUUAUGAGUACAUGGAGAAUGGCAGCCUGGAGGACAGGUUGAUGCAGAGACAGGGUACACCUCCCGUCCCUUGGUUUGAUAGGUACAGAAUUGCUUGGGAAGUAGCCUCCGCACUCGCCUUCCUCCACAAGUCCAAGCCCAAACCAAUCAUCCACCGUGAUCUUAAACCAGGCAACAUCUUGCUUGAUCAUAAUCUUGUGAGCAAGAUUGGUGAUGUUGGCCUUGCUGCAUUGUUUCAGUCAGACCAAUCUUUUUCAUCAUCCAUGUUUAUGGACACAGGGCCAGUUGGAACCCUCUGCUACAUGGAUCCCGAGUAUCAAAGGACUGGUUUAAUCUCUCCAAAAUCAGAUGUUUAUGCUUUUGGGAUGGUGAUUUUACAACUGCUGACAGCAAAACAAGCAUUGGCACUAGCCCAUGUAGUGGAAACUGCUGUUAAGGAAGGUCGUCUAGAGGACAUUUUGGAUUCAACAGCAGGAAAUUGGCCGAGUGAAGAAACAAAAGAAAUGGCUGAAUUGGGACUCAGAUGUGUGGAGCUUUUUCGUAAAGAUAGACCUGAUUUGCAAGCUCAAAUACUUCCUACACUACAGAGAUUGAAAGCGACAGCUGAUAAAGCCCGAGAUUCAGCUACUAAAGUGCACUUGUCACCUCCUCCUAACCACUUCAUCUGCCCAAUUCUUAAGGAUGUGAUGAGUGAUCCUUGUGCUGCGGCGGAUGGAUACACUUAUGAUCGUAAAGCCAUAGAAAUGUGGCUUCAAUCCAAUGACACUUCACCAAUGACGAAUUUGCCAUUGUCAACCAAGAAUCUAAUACCAAAUUACACUCUUCUUUCUGCCAUUAUGGAUUGGAAGUCCAAAUAAAACCAAAUAACUUUUUUCUUUUUCUUUUAGGGACACUUACAUUGAUUGUAUAGAGUGAUGGGGUUGCUUACUCUAAAAGCUGCUUCAAAGGGUUUUAGUUUAGUUUAGUUUAGUUUAGCUUAGAAUUUAGAUGCAGUCUCUUCAUAUUUCGGAACGUUGAGUUUCAAAAAUGUUGAAGUUAAUAUCUUGUUUUUAGAGAAAGGAUGGUUGCAUGUGUAUAAAUUUUGUCAUAUAUGAGAUUAGCCGAUGAUGUGUGCUA